GUGUUGUGAUCCGUCAGAGCCUCUGUGUGUCCGGAUAAACCUGUCUGAAUGGACUUUGUGCUGUUCACCUUUUCUUUCUGGAUGUUUUACCUCCUGACUCAUCUCCCGGUAGACUACAAACUCAUUCAAGUUAGCUUAGCAUGCUAGCUGGUUAGCACCGCGGCGCUAGUCAGAGUGACUGUUUGAUGGAGAGCAAACUGUGUUUCUGACGGAGUUUGUGUGGAGAAAAAGUUGGUGUCACUGUGUGAAAAAUGUCUAAAGUCCAAACGGUGAGAGCGCUGGUGGAGCAGCGACUGACUGCGGCUGCUGAAGAGAUAUUUGGGCUGUUUGAAAGAACGAUAGCAGAGUACGAGGAGCAACUUUGUCGUUCAGAAGAGAAGAACGAGCGACAACAGAAACUACUGGACGCUGUUUUCAGCCCUCAGCUUCACUUACACAGAGCAGACGCCCAGCAGCUGUUGGUGGUUAAAGAGGAGUUUCCCUCUGAGCAGCAGGAGAGAAGCUCCACUCUGGACCAGGAGGACCCAGAGCCCCCACAUAUUAAAGAAGAACAAGAGAGUGACACCACUCACCUCCCAAAGAUCCACAGAGGGAAUCAUGCAGCAGAGGAAGAGUUCAUAGAAGGAGGAAAUCUGAGCCAAGACACGGUGGUCCAAACGGUGCUACAGCCAGAGCCCCUAUACAUUAAAGAGGAACAGGAGGAACCUCGGACCAGUCAGCAGGGAGAGCAGCUUCAGGGGCUGGAGGAGGCUGAUAUCACCAAGUUCACAUUCACUCCUGUCCCUGUGAAGAGUGAAGAAGAUGCACAAACUGAAGAGAUGGAAACAGAAGCUGAUGGAGAGGACUGUGGAAGACCAGAACCAGACAGGAAUUCUGAUCCAGAUCCACAUUUACAACCUGAUACUGGUGACGAGCCUGCAGACUCUUCUGAACCUGAGACUGAUGACAGUGGUGACCGGAAGGAGACCAGAGAACCUCAGUCAGGUUUGAACUGUUUGAAAAAAGACGGUGGCCCUGUCAGAGAUUCCAGAUUUAGUGCUGGUGAGAAACGAUUUAGCUGCUCUGAGUGUGGGAGAAGAUUUUUCUCCAAGUACCAUCUGAAGAGACAUGUGGUUUCUCAUACAGGAGAGAAACCUUUCAGCUGCUCUGAGUGUGGAAAAAGAUUUAGCAACGAGUACCGUCUGAAGAGACAUGUGGUUUCUCAUACAGGAGAGAGACCUUUCAGCUGCUCAGUUUGUAAGAAAUCUUUUACCCACAGAGAUACUUUAAAGACACACAUGAGACUCCACACAGGAGAGAAACUCUUUAGCUGCUCAUUUUGUGCUAAAGCUUUUACACAAAGUGGGCAUUUACAGCAACAUAUGACGCUCCACACAGGAGAGAAACCUUUCAGCUGCUCAGUUUGUAAGAAAACAUUUACACAGAUGGGAGGUUUAAAUAGACACAUGAGAAGUCAUACAGGAGAGAAACCUUUCAGCUGUUCAUGUUGUCAUAAAUCUUUUACACAAAGUGGGCAUUUAAAGAAACACAUGAGAGUCCACACAUGAGAGAAAUCUUUCAUAAAUGUGCUGGCCGCUCAUCCUCAAAGUUUCAUCAAACUGAGGAUAACAAAGAGGCAGAGCCUCCAGCCAGCAGCCCACAAGAAGAGAUGCAAACCUCUUUUUCAAUCUUUUUAAAGGACUCAAGAAAGAUUUUCAAGUCUUUUUUAAAUGCUACAAAGCUUGUAGUAACUUUUAUUAAUAUUUAUUGUGUUUGUAUGAAAUUUACAAACAAUUAAACAACACUUUCUUUACCAUGAUGUGAUAUGAAAUUAAUUUCCUUUCUGUUCAUUUUUGUUUUGUUUUACAAAACGGAAGUUCACAAACUGAUAUUUUGAUUCAAUAUUUGAUUGUAGAAGUGUAACAAUGACAACUUUAUUUUUUUCUAACAGCAAAAC